GGCGUGGUCAACGUUCCAGAAGUGCCAUUGUUCCACAUAUUAUUCCACAUUCGCGCCCAUGCCGUCCGUCGUGCCUCCCGAUCAAACGCUAGCGGAAGCGUUCAACAAGGUCUCCGGGACUGAGUUUGCUUACAUGCUCGUGCCCGUGGUGGCAUUGACGUCCGCUUUCUUGCUAUUCUUGGUGGGGCUCAAUCCAAAGCGCGCGGUGUGCUGGACGCCGUUUUGGCUCGUGCUUUCGGGGGUGAUCCACAGCUUCUUGGAGCUGUCGUUCACGUUUUUCCGAGAUAACCAGUACUUUGGCAACACCAUGGACUUGUACUCGGCGGCAGACUACCGCUAUGGCUUCCCCAUGGAGGAAGGCACGGCCGCCAUGGAAACUAUCACGUGUGUACACAGAAAACCUUUUCCUGCGGCCUAUAUCAUGUAUCUGACAGAGAGAGUGCUUAGGGCGUUGUUGGACGGACCAAUGUGUUUAUUGGCAGCGUAUGCGUUUGUGACCCAGAAGCCGUACUACCACCCGUUGGUCAUGUCUGUGAGCAUCAUGCAAUUGUAUGGCUUGACGUGGUUUUGCCUGCAUCCGUUGUUCUCGGACGCGUCGCACAUGAGUUCCGACCCGGGUUUGUUUUGGAUCAUCUGCGUCGGAUGCAACGCGCCAUGGGCGAUUUUCCCAUCCGUGCUGGUGCACAAGUCGUUUACCGCAAUUGUCGAACGAUUCACCGAAGCCCCCAAGGCCAAAUGCGCUUGAUUACAUACACACACCCACCAACAUACAAAUGUCUAUUCAAGUAAGUUGGAGUUAGAAAUCGUCGUCCAGGACAAAUGCAUGCUCUUGUGGGGCCGCCGGCGGGGCAACCAACUCGUCGCCGUCAUCGUCGUCCAAUGUAAACGACAAAGGCGCAUGUUCAACCUAUCAUAUUCCGUCACGACAUGGCGAUAGAUCUCAAUAUGCCAUACCUUUGAUGGGCGAGCAGCUACCAAAGCAGCGUCGACAUGAUCGUAGCUGAAAAACUUGCCGUUUUGAAGCACUCGGUGGUUCUACUCGUGCAAUCAGCCAACCACAUCAUUGGGGGCAAUAGAUAGAUGUACCACAUCAAGAAGCACAUGAUGGGGCAUUUGCUUCAUGGCCA